UAGCCAUGUGUUUGGCUGUGAGCCGAAGACUAAGACCAAGACUAAUAAGUUUUGGUUUAUGAUAUAAAUUUUUGAGCAAAGGGAAUCAAGUUUCUCUUAUAUCAAAGAUCUGUGAGCUAAAGUUUUAGAUAGAGAACCAUGUCUACCCUUAACAUCCUUCACAUGAAUCAAGGUGAUGGAGAAAAGAGUUAAUCAAAAAAUUCAAGUAUUCAGAUGAGGUUGAUGAAUAUGGCACUGCCCAUUGUGAAGAAUACCAUUAACGAGAUGAUUAAGAAUCACUUAACAUCAUUUGAAAAAUUAGAGACUUUUAAGAUUGCGGAUAUUGGAUGUGGUUCAGGUCCCAACACUCUUCUGUUUAUGUCAGAGAUUAUCGACACCAUCUGCAAUUUGUCCAAACAAAACAACAACCAUUCCCUAGAGAUAUCGAUUGUGUUAAACGAUCUGUACAAAAAUGACUUUAACAACAUUUUUAGUGCACUCUCAUCAUUCUACGAGCAACUAAAGGAGAAAUAUGGAUAUGAAUUUAGUCAAAAGUGCAUCAUUUCUGCAGUGGCAACAUCUUUUUAUGAGAGGUUGUUACCAUGCAAAAGUCUGCAUUUUGUACACUCUUCCAAUAGUCUUCAUUGGCUCUCUCAGGUACCAGAAAAUCUAGACAACAAAGGGCAUAUCUACAUGGCAAAAGAAUGUCUUCCCACUGUGUUUGAUGCUUACAAGAAUCAAUUUUAUAAGGACUUUUACUCUUUUCUUAACAAGAGAUCCCAAGAAAUUUUGCCAACAGGUAGAAUGAUCCUUACACUUAUUGGAAGGAGCAUUCUAGAACCAUCUAGUAAUGAUUGUUGUUGCAUUUGGGAAUUAUUGGCCCAAUCACUUCUUGACAUGGUUUCUCAGGGGCUAAUUAAAAAGGAAGACGUUGAUUCAUUCAAUUUACCUUUAUAUACUCCUUACAAUGACGAACUUAAGGCAAUCGUUAUGAAAGAGAACUCUUUUGAUCUUGAAAAAAUUGAGGUUUACAAGUGCAAUUGGGAUCCAGAUGAUGAUGAUGAAGAUUACAACAAUAUAUUCGAUCAAAAGAAAAGUGGAGAAAAAGUAGUCAAAUGUAUUAGAGCAAUUACCGAGUCAUUGUUGGUGACCCAUUUUGGGGAGCUUUUCUUAGACAAGGUGUUCAAGAUAUACGCAGAGCACAUAGAUGAUCAUCUAAAAAUGGAGAAGACAAAGAUUAUCAAUCUCACAAUUUGCCUCAGAAAGAAAUAAGAGAACGGCUUUGAUAAGAAAAAGACUUUGACAUUAAUAUUUAUAUACAUGUGUGCCUAUCUUUGUUCAGUACUUGAGAAUCUUAAUAUCUCCCUUGGAUUAAAAUAUGUCAU